AUGAACGGAGCCAUGACUGGGUAUUCAUACCCCGUUACCGCACCUGUCUUUCCUCCCGCCAAUCAACCUAUGGCUGGUCACUAUUCUAAUCGAUUGGAUCAUACUUCACCUCAGUCUCACUACCAAACUCAACCGAAACAACUUCCUUCCGCUUCAGCUUAUCCAGAAGUGCCUCAGAUGCAAGGUUUACCCAUGCCACCUCCUUCCAUUGGCUACGAUGUGACCGAAUUCCGUCAAUUCUUUCAGUUUGGUCUUCAACAACUUCGACACAACAAUAAGUAUAUCAUCAAUGAUCUGACCACUCUGGCUAGCGUUUAUCAACAUCGGAUGUCACCCUUUAUUGUCAAAGAUAUUGAUCAACAUAUUCGUGAUGGGUCUCUAGGUAUUGGGUUGAUUGUUGUUAAUUGUGAAAAUGGUGACGAGAAUGAUGAACUCACUCAGAGUCAUCCAGCACACCGAUUAGUGGCUUUUUAUGUUAUCGACUCGAUCUGCAAGAACCUUGGUCACCCUUACCCUGAGUUAUUCAAACCGUUUAUGGAAAGGCUAUUUCUGAGCGCCUAUCGUGAUGUAGAAGAAGUUGAUGGUAUUGCAAAGGUCAAAUUCGAGGAAUUGCUAGGCACAUGGCGAACUGGUUCAGCCCGUGGCACCGAACUUUUUGGAGCUGAUAUCCAACGACGUAUUGAGGAUGGAAUCUUUGGGAGGUGGAGACACGGUGGGGAUAUGCUAGACAGUCAAGCAUUCCUCAAUGGGAUGAAGCAGCAGCCAGCUGUUGCCACCCCUGCUGAAAAAGCCAGCAUUCUAUAUGAUCUACGCAGAAUCCUUGCCGAGCGGGAACGCAUCGCAUAUAGCUAUCCAACUGACCAAGCUAAUUUGACGCAAAUGGCUACAUUGCAACAACUCGAGCAAUUAGUUGCCAAUCAACAGUUGACAAUAAAUCAAGUGGAAGAGAUUCGACAACAGCUACAGCCACUAAAGCCCAGUACUCCACCUCCGCUUCAAGCCGAUCCAUCCCAAUAUCCUCAACACGAACUGCCGAUUGAAGCCGCUCCAGCCCAAUAUGCUCAACACGAACUGCCGAUUCAAGCCGCUCCAUCCCAAUACGCUCAACACGAACUGCCCAUUGAAGCCUUGGCGCAGCCGCCAGCGCUCGCUCUUCAGCCAGCAAUGGUCGAUCUGACUGACCCUACCUCCCUAGCAAAUCUGACUAGACUCUUCGCCUCAAACCCAAACAUCCUCCUUCAAGCGGUAGCAAACCCGGAUCAACUCAUUUCUGCUCAAUCUCAACCACUCGGCUCAAACAACCCUCUCGCGGCCUUCCUCCAAAACGCUGCACACCAGCAAGGUGUGGUUACCUCCCAUCAACCUCUUCUACCGGCGGUGGAAAGUGCAGCAGAGGUGCCGAGCUUUUUUGAUAGCAAUUCAUUGGCUGCAGCCCUUGCCUCCCUCAAUCCUCAGCCUACUUUGAUUGUUCCGUCAGACCAAGGCGAAGGCUCUAGUCGAGAGAAGUCCGCCGAAUUAUCUGUCCCUCGACACAGUCCUUCUCCUUCUACUAGCAGUCACGAUGGUGGAGAUCCCAAUGUCACUGAAUAUCAGGAAUAUGUACUCAGUCUUGGUAUUGAACUCACUACAUCAUCGAUCAAUCGAGCCAAUCCAUCUACCAUUGCCGAUGUUCUUUAUGGAAAAAUACCACAGUAUUGUCGCCAGGAUGGAUCACGAUUCUUGAAUGGACGCACGGGUGAAGCCCGAGCAUCAGCUCAACUUGAUGCCCAUUUCCGUCUCCAGCGGCGCGCCCGAGAGCAGACCAAUCGUGCUCAACAACGUACAUGGGCCAUCACAGAAGCCGAUUGGGUGAAAUCUCAUGAUUUUGGUAUUGAACAUGAACGCAAGAAGGGCGAUAAGUUAGCGGCAGGAUCAGAAGAGGCCGCUCAAAUUGCCGAAGCCGCGCAAAUACAGACGACAGCGGAACUAAAGCAAAAAAUGGUACUUCGGCCUACGGAUCCAGCUGAGGCAAGUAAAACGUGUCCUAUAUGUAGAGAAGGAUUUGAAACGAAAUUCGAUCAGGAUGAAGAAGAGUACUAUUGGUUAAAUGCAAUCUCAGCUGGUAAGAAGACAGCGACAGCGACACAAGUAGUUUAUCAUGCUACUUGUCACUUUGAGACCAUGAGAAACAAAGCACGUAUGAAAUUGAAAAGAGAGGAAGAGGAAGCUAAGAUGAGAAAGAUGAUGGAAGAGGAAGAGAAGAAGUUGAAAGCGGAAGCAGAAGUGAAAGUGAAGGUAGAAGAACAGGAAGAAAAUGAGCAACGAUUAGGUGAGAUGAAUUCAGAAGCUGAUGGUGGUGUUAAUCAAUUGAGUAGUAGUCAAGCUGGAACUACAAGAGAUGAAAAUUUAAAUUUACAACUUGAUGAAGACUUUUUUGGAGGAGUGAUUGACGAGAGUGAUGAAAGAUCUAAUACUACUCCUAGCGUUGAGACCGUUCAGCCUACGACCUCUGUUUCUAAUAAGAGAAAAAGUUUAGAUGUAUCGGAAGAUUCAGAGGUUGUGAUUGUGAAUGAAGAUGACGAAUCUAGUUCAUUGAGGAAAAAAGCUAAAGUGAUUGUUGUAGAAUAG